GCAGCCGGGGUGUGGGGCAGUGGUGAGGAAUAAGGACUCCCAAGAUACCUUAUUAUUGUUACUAAUAUUAAUCAGGAACUGCUUCUGUGCUGGGCACCUUUAUAUACAUGAUCUCACUUAAUCCUUGGGAGUUUUACUGGUGUCAGGGUUUGAAUGAUGCCCUCCUUUGGGGUGGGAGGGGGAAAACGACCUGAUGUCAGCUGUCUUUUUCUGAUCCCAGUGUGAUGUCUGAGGGCCUGGAGAUUAAAGUCCACUCUGUGUGCAGGACAGGUGGGGCUGAGGGUAGGAUGGCAUGUGCUUUUUCUCCAGACAGCGUGAUGUCUGAGGUCAAAAGGCCUCUGGGUGCUGCGUUCUUGUGACUUGUUGCCUGUGUCUGGGGUUUUCCCAUCCUAGAAACUUAUCAACCUGUAGGGAGUUAUAUAACCUCCGGGUGCCUUCAUGGCUACUCUUUCCUGCAGGGAUCACUAACUCCUGCUACAAAAUGCAACUGCGGAACCCUAGAUGAGAAAAUAAGGGCCAAGGAGGUUAAGAAACCGCGCAAAGACAAACACCUUUAUGGUUUGUAGUCCCAGAGGUUUCCAAGUUCCCUUGGUUUGUUUCUCAGUAGAGCCAUUUUUUCCUAAUGAAAUCCAGUACGGACUCUUAGAUUCCCAGCGGCUCCAGCAGGUAAGAGGGACCUGCUGUGGGUGAAGUGAGGGGCCGGGAGCUGACCCGCUGCCCCCUGCUUUAGCACCUGGAGGCCUCCAGGAGACGAGGGGAUGCGGUUUGAGAACCAGAGCCCAGACUCCCCGCCCGAGUGCUCUCUACAGCGCCCCAGGCUGCCUUUGUCUCUGGUCUGAGUCGGGUCCUGAGCCCUUGGGCGUCCCUCUGUCCUUCUCCUCACCACAUACUGAGCCCCUCACACGAAGGCCCCAGUGGGUAUUCAUCGGUUGCGUGCAUCCCCCCCACUACACAUGAUACAGCUGUCGGGCAGCUGUGCCAGGCUUUACUGUGAUCUCGGUGAAUGCUCUUGGGCUGGUCCCCUGACCUAUGUGUGAGUUUCCCUUUUUACAUACCCCGCCCCCCCCAUGGAGCAUCUCCACCAGACUCAGGUUUAAGAGUGAGACAGGACCCUGACUAGGCAGAAGUGCUGAAAGCAAGCCGGGUCCAUAAGGAUCCUGGGGCCUCCCGGGAGCGUGGCUCUGCUGUCUGCCCCUCCCCAAGAGGGGUACCCCAGACCGCCUCUGGAAGCCUCCACUUGCACGUGGCAUAGGGCUCACCCCCAGAGUCCCCUUUCGGUUUGCUUUCGAGCAGUGAUCGUCACGCAUGAGCUGUGUGCUUUGCUUACCUCCCAAACUGGGGCGGGACCUGGGCUGCUUCCACACACACUCUAAAGGGCGUAAUUUAUGACUGGGCAGGAGAUGGUUUAAAGGGAGCUUCAGAUGGAAGUGACAGCGGCUGCAAACUCGACCUCGUGGCUCUUGAGCACGGCACCACGUGCUGGGGACACGGUCCUGCCCUCCCACUACGAAUCAGACAGGAAUGGAAAACCUGUCAAAACGGUUCCUGAUGGAGAGUGACCGCAGGGGUCCAUUCUGGGUUGGGUGGGCAGGACGGACCCCUCCCAGGAGGCGAUGUUUCAGCUGAGACAUGAAGAAUGGAGAAGGGGGGGGGGCAGCCGGGAGAAGAGCCUUUCAGGUGGAGGGACCAGUAGGUGUGAGGAGGAAAGUUCUAGGCUUGUCCUAGGCAUGCGAGGUGGGCAGGAGGAUGCCCUGGGAGGGCUUGUGGGCCGUCUAAGGAGUUUUACCCUUUGAAGCAUUCCUUUUGCUUCCGGGUUGGGGGUUGGGGACGGUGGCUUGGGGGUGUCCUGGGGCUGUGAGAAGGGACACCUCACUGGACGCUUGGCCCAGCUUGCCAGGAGAGAGGAUGGGGUGUACUUUUGCAGGGCCGAAACCAUAGGCUGAAGGGGAGCCUCAGGGACUCCCCCACCCAGAAACUUCUAGAACAGACAGUGGUGCCAUGUCCUGGGCGGAGUACAGGCUGAGCCAGACUGAAGGGCAAAGUGCAAAUAUCACUGCGCACUGAAGAAAAGUGCUGAAAAAGCUGGGUGCAGAUUAGAAUGAAACUGGGGAAGACCAGGGGCCAGAAGAGGGAGCUAUGUAACCUUCACUGAUGUGCUAAUAAAGUCUAGUGCAGUAUUCUUGUUUUGCAUACAAAGAAGCCAAGGCUGGCUGCUAGCUCAAGGUCACAUCAGCCAAGCCAGACAGGUUUGCUGACUUCAGAAUGGACUAAGAUUUGCCUGUCAAUACAAUUUGGGUUUCUUACUCAUUAUAAAGAUCAUUAAAGAAAGGUCAGGAAACUCUUUGCCUGAUGAAUAACUGGAUCCACAGGCAAUGCUUACAGGUCUUGAAUGGAGGACGGACGGGGAACAGGCCCAGAAGUUGCUGGCCCAAAGGAGGCCCCGCCGGUCCUUCUCUGACCCCUCCAUCCGGGCGCUCAUUAUCUUGUGCGCCUCCCUGGCCGUGGUCCUCUCCUCCCUCUCCAUCUGCGAUGGCCACUGGCUCCUGGCCGACGACCGCCUCUUCGGGCUGUGGCACUUCUGCACCACCUCCAACCAGGCUGAGCUGCACUGCCUCCGAGACCUGAGGCAGGCCCACGUGCCCGGGCUAGCCUCGGGCAUGGCUGUGGCCCGCAGCGUGGCCACCUUGGCCGUGGUGGUCGCCAUCUUUGGCCUGGAGCUCCUCAUGGUGUCCCAGGUGUCCGAGGACCCCCGCUCGUGGCACAGGUGGGCCGUGGGCUCCGCCCUCUUCCUCCUCGCGUUCAUCCUCUCCUUCGGGGGCCUCCUGAGCUUCCUGACCCUCCUCAGGAACCAGGUCACGCUCAUGGGCCUCACGCUGACGUUCUGGAGCGAGUUCACGGCCUCCUUCCUCUUCUUCCUGAGCGCCGUCAGCGGCCUCCACGUCAACAGCAUCAGCCGUACUGACAGCGUCACGCAGCCCUGGGGCCUGCCCGCAGAAUUUUAGGCCCCCCUGCGAGGACACUGAGUUCUACCAGCAAGUGGGGUCACGAUGGGACUUCUCCAACAUGGGACAUUCAAACUGCCGCCUCUUGGCCUUGGGGUGGUCGGGCCAGUGGCCUUUGCAGCCCAGAGGCCAGGUGGGUGCCUCCGAGCCAGCAGCUGCACCAGCUUAGCCACGUUAUUAGGAUGUUGAUUUUACAAGAAGAAACAUAUUUUAAAA